AGAAGCGGCGGGGGGGAAACGAAGAAUAGCCGCCCGGCCACGCGAGCUCCACCCCGCACGGUGGAUGUGAAGGAAGACAGGGGGGAGGAGGAGGGAGGAGUGCUUGAGGUGGGGGACACGCCAGCCACCUCCACCAGGCUCCACACACAGUGGGACGAGGAGGGGAGGGGGCCGGUGUGGACAUGGAGCAGCCAUGGGUGCCCACGCACGUUCAGGUGACGGUGCUCCGAGGCAGGGGUCUGCGAGGCAAGGGCAAGCACGGCACCAGCGACGUGUACGCCGUCAUCCAGCUGGCCAAGGAGAAGUACUCGACGUGCGUGGCGGAAAAGACCACCGAGCCCGAGUGGCGCGAGGAGUGCUGCUUCGAACUGCAGCCCGGCGUCCUGGAGACGGACGGCGGCCCGGAGCUCGUCCUCACCGUCAUGCACCGCGCCGUUAUCGGGCUCGACGUGUUCCUGGGCCAGGCGCUCAUCCAGCUGCGGAAACUCUUCCACGAGAGCCGGGGCGUGAAAAAUCAGUGGUACCGACUCAACUCUAAGACCGGCAAGAAGGAGAAGGAGCGAGGCGACAUUCAAGUCAGUGUCCAGUUCACGCGUAACAACCUGACGGCUAGCAUGUAUGACCUGGUCAUGAAGGACAAAGGGGGCGCUUCCACUUUCAGCAAGCUGAAGGAGCGGAUGAGGGGCAAGAGGCGAUCCAGUGAAGAUGACUUGACCUCGGCGCCCGGUGCCACCCUACCCGGGGGCACCGGCCCGCUGUGCCGCAUGCGCCAACGUCUGCCCAGCGACGGGGGCGGCGAGGAGGACUACGAGGAUGACGAGGGCGGCGAGGUGAGGCGCAGUAAGAUGAGGACCUUCUUCCUGCGAGGCAAGCUGAGGAAGUCGUCGGACACGCGCUCCAGUACGUCGUUGGGCUCCGAGAGCAGCGAAUCAUCGUCGCGCGGGGGGAGUCUCAGUCCCACGGCCGGCAUUAGCGUGGUGGUCUCCGACCUGUCCAACUCGCCCAGCAACAGCAGCAACCUGACCGUCGACAGCCCAGAUCACACAGCAGACACGUCACCCAAGUUGUCUCCCCUGCACUGUGACUUUAGUGAAGAGAUCAGUGAAAUCACCAUAGCCGUGCCUCAGCUCGCCGCCGGUGUCAACGGAACGCACAAGCUGCAGCCCCGGGAUCAGGCCUCGGCAGUCCCGGAGACUUCUUUAGGCCUGGGGCACCUGGAGAAGUCUUUGCCUCUCUCGGUCUCGUUACAGAACCUUCGCCCACGGGCCUCCGCCGAGCCCCUGCACGGCACUGUGGGCGACGGACGACGCUGGUCUUUCGACAAGGCCGGCGAGGAGGAGAGCGCCGCCAUCGCAGCGGCCAUGGAGAAAAAAGGCCCUAUACCGGGCAGAGAAGAUCAGGUUGAAGAAGGAGAACAAUACUCUGGCACUGAGGGAAAACACAAAGGAUGGUUCGGGUCCAGGGAGUCGCACAGUAAAACCAGCCCGGUGGCACCUCUUAAUCUAGACCUCACCCCUGAGCCAGCCCUUAACCAACUGCACAACUCUAACCCCUUCUGUCCCUCACCACCCAUGUCACCCAGCAACCCUUUCCUCAACGACCCUUUCUGCGAUACGUCGCUUCCCCCUCUGCCCUUUCUUUCCAAUUCCCGGCCGCCCAUAGAGCAACUCUUUCCAAAGCCAAGUCAUCCGGUAACCCAGACUUGGGACAGUCAGACUACCGAAGGCCAUGUCACUGGCUUGAUCACCAUUGCGUCUCCAACUUUCAUGGGUCAGACAAUCCCCUUAAGCAAGAUGCUUUCAAACCCCUUUACAUCUGCAGAGGAACCGCAACGUGAUACAGGAUGGGACAAUUCCUUUGAUGAGUUUGCCCAUUGCAGGCUGCAAGGGCCGAAAGACCAAACGUCUGACAGCUUGGCCAGCACCCAUUGGCGGGAACUUGGCAGUGAUGAAAGGAACGAUUCCCUGAAUACCAAAGGUAUCACAUUGAACAACUACAUGGGAAGCUGCAGUCGCCUGCCCUAUCUGGAACCAAUCCCGGAGGAUUCAGGUUUAGAGGACUGUGACGAAGUCUGUCACACUUCCGCCAUCUCUGCGGAAUCUCGUCCUCACCCCGAAUGGCAUGAAGCUAACAGCACCACUAACAUGCCUCCCUGCUUUUUGGAUCCGGCUGGUUCAUCGGGUAUCGUUAGUUCACCUGAAGAUGAUUUCCCCUCCCGUUUUUCAUAUUCGGCAUCAGAAAAGUUUGCAACAUGUUCCUCGGAUGAAACUAAGCUGGAGAAUUUCGAGCGGGUUGAUCCAGCCUCGGAGAUCUUGGCCCAAACAAGUAUCAGUCCAAAGGGUUCUAGAUAUUCAGAUGAGCUUUUGACUGAUGAAGCACAAGAAACUGUGAUUCAGAAUGAAGAUUUGGAGCAGUCAUUCGUCUUCCCACCACCACCGACCAUGUCUACCGCAAUGAUGACUGAUUCGGAAGCUGCAGACAUGCAGACGUCAGAGAACCUGGAUCUUGAGCCAAAGUCCAACUUCAUUCCGCAGUCUGACAACAAUAAUGAUGGGGUACCUCAAGGUGAAUUCUCUGUACAACCACCUCUCUACGGCCGCACCUCCUCCCCAGGCACUGGCCAUUUCUUGUCCUUUGAGGAACCGACAGUGCCGGAGUCUCCGGUACCCUUCAGGGAUUUUGGAGAUCUUGACCAGAGUACCAACAGCUUUGUCCAAAGCAUCCACGUGGCCGCUGACUCACAGUACUACCAAAAUUGCAGCUCUAUACCGCCCUCGGAAUAUUCUGGGAUUUCCAAAUCAGCUGAGAACUCAACCUUCUGCGGGGAGUUAGGACAGAUUCCGGAAGCCAUCGUUGCUUCAGUUAGUCCAGAUGAACCAACCAGACAUUCUGACCACUGGGCUUUGAUGCAAGAAAACAGACCAGAGACUGGUGAAACAGGUUUCAAAGCGAAGAACGACACUAGUUCUCAAGUUCUCCCUGCAACAGACAUCUUUCUGAAUCCUGUUGAGGGCAAUGAAUUCAGAGCUGUCGAUGUCGAGAUUGUAAAAAACCCUCCACCACAACUCCCCGAAAUAUCCCAGAGCGCCGGGAGCUUUCUCCAAACCCUCAAUGGCAACUUACAGUUCCACCAAAAGCAGUAUGGCAUAUCAGAGCCACCAGGGGCACUAGAUUCAGAGAAAUCUAGCUUUUUUGGGGCACCAGUAGAGAUUUCGGAAUACCAGAUGUCAUUGGUAGUGGCAGACAGACCAGAUAUUUUUGAGCCGGCAGGGGACGACGAGAGUCCUCAAGCUCUGUCUGUAACUCAUACAGACUCUUAUCAGAAGCCCACUGGUGACGAUCAGUCCGCUGAUCUCAGUGGUUUGCUUUUGAAAAACAUUCCACCACAACCCCUCAAAAUUUCCCAGGCCACCAGGAGCUUUCUCCAAAAUCUCGACAGCAACUUCGACUACCCCCAAAGCCAUAACGGUAUACACGAGCCCACUGAGAGGAUUGAUUUAGAGAAAUCUACCUUCUCUAGAGAGCUUGGCGAGAUUCCGGAACCCACCUGUAUUUCAGUGAUCCCUGGGGCUUCUUCCAGUGGACCAAACAACUUGGAAGACUCGUUUUCCUUGGUGAGAGAGAACAGAGCAGAUACUUGUGAGCCAGAUUUCACAGAACCGUGUGACUUAGGCUUCACAGCUAGGAAUGAUGGGAGUUUUCAAGUUAUCCCUGUGACUCCUACGGCUUCCUAUCCGAAUGCCGUUGAGGGCGAUCAGUUCACCGUUCACGAUGACGUGUUUGUGAACAAACCUUUGCCAGAGCUCUCUUAUAUUUCCCAGAGCUUUCCCCAAAGUCUCGACGGCAACUUGCAGGACCAUAAUGGCGUUUCCAUACUCCCUGAGAGUGUCAUCUCAAAGAACUCCUCCUCCUGUGCGGAGCUAGAAGAGACAGACGGACCAGAUACUCAUGUGCCAGGUUUCACCGACGCUUGUGAUUCAACUUUCACAGAAAGGGACGAUGGGGCUUUUCAAGUUCUCUCUGCACCAUCAACAGACUCAAAUCCCAAGCCUGUCAAGGGCGAUCGGGUCACUGCUUUCGAUGACAUGUUGCUGAAAAACCCUCCGCCACGACUUCCCCAAAUUUUCCAGAGAACAAUGAGCGUUCCGUCAUUCCUCUUAUCUGAAAACCGCCAUGGCGUAUCCAAGUCCGCUGAGAGGCGACCCUCGGAGAACUCCACCUCCUUUGGGGAGGUUCCAGAAGACACUGGUUCUUCACUGAGCCGUAGGAGUUCGACAAGCGGAUCAUACGUUAACACGCACAUCACCGACUGGUUGACUCAAGUGAUGAAGGACAGACUAGAUACAGGUUUCACUGGAGGUGAUCACGGGAGUUCCCUAGUUCUCCCCGCAACUCCGGUAGACUCGAAAGCCGACGAGGGUCUUGAUAACGCGAUUGUGCAAAACCCGCUGCCGCAACACCCCGCAUUAAACCGCAGUCAUUCCGAGAGCAUGCUAGCUUUCGAGUUGGACAAGACCCUUACACUCUCCUUCUGGAACGAGUCCUGCGCCCCCCAGGCGUCAUACGCAAGUCCGGCCUCCCCCUCCCUUUCAACAGCCUCCGCCCCUCCACUAACCCGUCAAAGUAGUUGCUUCCCCUCUUUCCUGUCCUCCCUUUCGAAUGCCUUGCCGCCGCCCACCACAACCAACCUUCAGGAGGCACAGGAAUCCCACCAGGAGCACGCCGCCCAUCAGGAACGCAGCCCCCAUCCGGUGCGGCCCCUGAGCGGCGGCCCGCUGGCUGAAGGCCGCUCGGUCCUGGAGAAGAUCAAGUCCAGCAUCCACCCUGGCAGGAGCAGCCAGACCGGCGAGAAGAUCCUGACGGAGGGCGCCGGCUCGUACUACCACCUGACCCACAACGAGCUGAUCGGUCUUCUUGUGCGGCGCGAGGCAGAGCUGGAGCGGCAGAAGGCGGAGUUUCAGCAGCAGCGUGUCCUGCUGGCCAAACGGGAGGUGGAGCUCUGCAAGCUGAAGCCGCAGGUCCGCGACCUGGAGGACUACAUUGACACGCUUCUGGUGCGCAUCAUGGAGCAGAAGCCCACCCUCCUGCAGGUGCGAUCCAGGCUUAAAUGACGGCGAGGCUUGGAUACCCCAACGGAUUUUGGAGUCUUUUCACCGCUACGCUGUCACGUUUUGAUGCCAGCAUUUUGCAGCGGUUCUCAAACUCUCUGGGUCCGGGGAUCCCUUUCCAGGAAGAAUGUUGAUGCCCCUCCCUCGCACCCCUAAUCAGCAACGAGCCCCAAUAUGCCAUAGGAAUGAGGGCAUGGAACCCCGUUGUACCACCCUGUAGUCAAAUCGCACCCUGGUGUUUCGAGAUACACAUUCCAGGAUUUUUCGGCCUGAUACGGACCUUAUUUUUCGUUAUCGGGUGUUCGCCGAGGCUGCCGAACCAGCCACCGUUAUACUUUAGUCAUAGAAAAAAACCUGAUAUCCACGAAAUUGGUUCUAAACUGCGGCAGGCUGACACUUUAGGGACUCGGAGUGAGUACUUAAGGGUGAAGAAAAAAGUGGUGUUGGAUAUUCCUAAUAUUUAUGAUCGGGAACGUGACCAAUUUUAAGAAGACAAAUAUGCGUCACGUUAAGGAAUCAAAUUCAUAUUUUGGAAAGGAAAACCAUUCCUAAUCGUAAA